AGGGCAUUCAUUCAAGGGAUAAUAGUAUUGUUCACAUGGAGCCUGAAGCGUCGACCUUCGCACUUAGGAGAGAGCGAAACUCUGCUGCAUUCCUCAACUACCUCCCAGAAGAACUAGUGUCUUCCAUCUUUCUCUCCGUUAUUGCUCUGGAGAGAUUGUCGAGGCAUCCCGAUGCGUAUCACCACUUUGAAGCCCCACCCGCGAUAUCGUCGCUCUUUGGCAUCACUCAUAUCUGCCACCGACUCCGCACAAUUGCGAUUCGGCUGCCGUUCUUGUGGACGACGCUCAACUCACGUAUGCCACAGGACCUCGUCGAUCUAUUUGUCCAGCGGUCUGCCGGUCUGCCGUUCCGGGUCUACUUUAGAGUAGGAAGGCAGCUCCCUGUUGGUAGCCCAUUGCCGGUCUUCUCUUGCAUCAACGUCUCCCGCAUACAAGAGCUUUUCUUGACCAUAACUGUCGACUACCACCACCAUUUGCUCCCCCACGACAAUGUCUUACUUCCCCUAUCACCCACUCUCACCUAUCUCAAUCUCGUCCGGGAAGGCUUCUUCUCCCCUCGUAUCCAAACCCCCGAGAUAUUUCCUGGAAGAAGAAACAUACUAGUUGCCCUGGCUUUCUCGCUACAAGUAACUCCCCCUCCAAGGGAUUACUUCCCCUGCCUGGCGCACUUACGGAUAGCCGGGAUGAAACACAUGGACGGAUCUGGCACGAUCAAUUCCUCCGACCUUCUGCGUUUGCUGGCCAAUACGCCGAGCUUGGAGACGCUGUACGUCAUCGAGGCCGAAAUCGUGUGGGACGGAAUGUCCCCGGUAACGACCACGGAAACCGUGCGCCUCGAGCGACUUCGCGUUCUUUGCUUCUACGAUCAGCGUCUAGACGCGAUACUCAACACCCUAUCGUGCCUCGCACUCAACCCUGACAUGACCCUACAACUACAUCGGAUUAGAUACUUGGAUAGCACUACCCCACAACUGGCGACGCUCCCCCCUCUCGGCGAACUUACGCACCUGGAGAUAGCCUCAGAAGGCGAGCACUAUCAUAUUAGAGCCUUCGGGCCGGAUUGUGGGGUGUGGUUUCAUUUUCACUCCGAUUUUUUCUCUCAAGUGAUCCAUGGUGCCAAUACUUCGGAGGACGUGUUAGCCUGCAUGGCGGAUAAGCUUGGCCCAUCCCUUCGCCGAGUGCACACACUGCGCAUAGCGACGGACGGGCACACGCACCUGAUCGUGUCAUUCUUGCGAAGGACCUCGCCGCUUCUUCCAACACUCGAUACCCUCCUCGUUGCUUCCGAGAACGCCGACGGUCUGAGCUUCGCAGCUGCGCUCGGAGCAGCGUUGCUUCCCGGCGAACCGCCGUUGUCAAUUCCGUCGCCGACACUCCAAAAGCUGCACGUACAGGUCUAUCGCCCUAUAGCGCGGCAUGCGCCCAUUGAAUGGAUGCUUGAUACCAGGGUCCGCCUUGGUCACCCCAUCCCCGAAGUCCUCCUCAGCAUUGGACGUCGGGACGAGGUCUUUGAUACCGCUCCCGCUGGCGAACAUGCGGAGAUGAACAACGUACUCUCGUGGGACCCUAGGUCGGACCCCUUCUGGCUGAUUGAGACCCCCUACUGGCCGUUGUAUCCCCCGGAGCGUGAUAUGGACUGGCUCUGGGGUCUUCCAAGAUUGAAGUGGGAUAGCGUAUGUCCCGUGUCCUCGAUCAAUUCUGUGUAG